AUAUAGAAUUAGAGGGAAUACUUAAUCAAAUAAACCCAUACGUCAUGAUGCUUCAAAUUGCCAAUGUAAACAAUCCUUGUUCGUAGAAAGUAGGUGUACAAAAGUGAUGUGAAAAACUCUCAUUCUUAGUUAGUUUUAGUUUACCCUUCCAAGUUCCUUAUAUAAACAACAUCUACUUCAAAGUUUGAACAACUCAACUCAAAUUUUUGAAACCAUGGCUACAACUUCCAACCUUUCAUUCCUUCUUUACCUUACCCUCAUCACCACUACCCUCUACUUUGCUGAUUCGCAAUCUUUCAUCGGAGUAAACUACGGUCAAGUCGCCGACAACCUUCCACCGCCGGACGCCACGGCCAACCUACUAAAAUCCACCUCUAUCGGAAAAGUCCGUCUUUAUGGUGCCGAUCCAGCGAUCAUCAAAGCUUUAGCAAAUUCCGGCAUCGGAAUAACCAUCGGAGCUGCCAACGGUGACAUUCCGAGUUUAGCAUCAAAUCCAAACUCAGCGACUCAGUGGGUUAACUCAAACGUGUUACCAUACUAUCCUGCAAGCAACAUAACUCUGAUCACCGUCGGUAACGAAGUUAUGACAUCCGGCGACAAUGGUCUCAUAUCACAGCUAGUUCCGGCGAUUCAAAAUGUCCAAAAUGCCCUCAACUCGGUCUCACUCGGUGGCAAGAUCAAAGUAUCCUCAGUUCAUUCUAUGGCCGUGUUGACUCAGUCGGAUCCUCCAUCUUCCGGGUCUUUUGACCCGAAUCUUAAGAACACAUUGAAAGAGUUGCUUGAGUUUCAGAAAGAGAACAAAGCUCCAUUCACUAUUAACCCGUACCCGUUUUUCGCUUACCAGAGUGACACAAGAUCCGAAACCCUUGCAUUCUGUUUGUUUCAACCGAAUUCGGGUCGGGUUGAUUCGGGUAAUGGUAAACUUUACACAAACAUGUUCGAUGCUCAGGUUGAUGCAGUACAUUCAGCUUUAAGUGGAAUGGGAUUCGAAGACAUAGAAAUUGUGGUAGCUGAGACAGGAUGGCCUACACGUGGGGACAACAAUGAAGUAGGAACAAGUGUUGAAAAUGCCAAAUCCUAUAAUGGAAAUCUUAUUACACAUCUUAGAUCAUUGGUUGGUACACCUUUGAUGCCUGGAAAAUCUAUUGACACAUACCUUUUUGCUCUCUAUGAUGAAGAUUUAAAACCUGGUCCUGGAUCUGAACGUGCUUUUGGUCUUUAUAAAACUGAUCUUAGUGUUGCAUAUGAUGUUGGCUUAGACAAGUCUUCCCAAAAGACUCCUCCAUCAACCAAUCCAAAGGCUCCUAUUACUCCAUCACCUAAAACAACAACUCAAUGGUGCAUUCCAAAAUUAGGAAUCUCUGAUGAUGAACUGCAGGUAAAUCUUGACUAUGUUUGUAGUAGACAAGGCAUAGAUUGUGGACCAAUUCAACCAGGAGCUGCUUGUUAUGAUCCAAAUACAGUAGCAUCUCAUGCUGCUUUUGCAAUGAAUCUUUAUUACCAAAAGUUUGGUAGAAAUCCUUGGAAUUGUGAUUUCUCUCAAACUGCAACUCUUACAUCUCAAAAUCCAAGUUACAAUGCGUGCGUUUAUCCAAGUGGAAGUACAUGAAAAUGCAGAGGCUCUACAUUUAUAUUCUCUUUUAUUUUGGAAGUACAUGAAAAUUUGUGACAAUUAAAAAAUUUGUAUAUUUUUUAGAAUUAAAUGAAUGAACAAGGCUCUACAUAUUCUCUUC